UGCUGUCUGUGAUCGGUUGAAGAUUUGAAACGCAGACAAAAGUCUUCUCGUUGGCUCGUGACAGUUUUCGGGGAUUUAAUUGGCAAACAAUUAACGUGUGGACAUUUGUUCUUUUGGCGACUGAAACGCCGACGGCAGAUAAAGAGUCUUUCUGCUGCACGCGGAAGAGAAGGAAGACCACAUCCACGGCCCGGAGAGAGAGAGAGAACAUAACAAUGUUCAAAUCCAUCACCCGUCUGCUGUUCGGGGGAGCAGAGGAGGCCCCUGGAGAGGUCAAGUCUGCUGAGGUGGUGGAAGAAGGCUGGCUUGUUGUGAGUCAUCAAGAGGCCGGUUCACCUGAGAACCAGGAUGCAGAGCAGACUGAGUCCCGGUCAUCGAGCUCCGCUCUUCAAGUCGCAAACGCGAAAAGUGACGUCAGUGUUUCAGAUCCAGAGCCCACAGUUCAAAGCAGCAGUCGAGCCGUCACAGGCUCUGUUUCUGAGCCUCGAGCCGUGUCAGAAGUGACACAGUUGACCUGCGUCCAGAAGGCCAAGGCCCGGGCGGACCCGCACCACAUGUCUCGUAACGCCAUUCAGCGCCAGAACCGCGCUCGCCAAGGAGUCCAGCACCACUCCUUCCACCUCCAACAGCCGGGGCAUCGUAACCUCAGCCACUGAGGCUCCGGCUGUAAAACGGCAAAUGUUAAGCGUGAAAAAUAACCCUCCAUGCAUUGUCCUUCAUGCACGCACACACACACACACACACACACACACACACACACACACACACACACACACACGCUUUGUCUUGUGCAUAUUUGAGCUAUACAUCUGAUCUAUGUAACCCAAGAGGCAGCUACUGUACUCGUACUGUAUGAUGAUGUUGAAAUGAAGACGUCCCCCUCAUGAAAUGAGAUCCACUGUUUGUCUGGAUGAGUGCAGCCUUUUCAAAAGGUGUCUUCCAGCAUCUUGCGUAUCCACAUGCAUUUAUUUCUCUUUAUGUAACUGGUUCAAACAAUAUGGCAAUAAAAAUGAUGACUUUGCAACUUGCGCUUUUUAUUUGUAUUUAUUUUCAGUCAAAUUUAAAAUGUCCAGAUGACGGGGAACCGCUCACAAUUUGGCGGAGGCCUCAUUGGCUGGGAGGUAAUUGCACCUGCGGCUGUGCUCGAUGAUCACGUGGUUCGUUCAGGGAGCGAUGCAGCUUCUGGACUUUUUAAAACAAUCGGGAGGGCCGCGAGGAACCGUGUCGUUGAACUGAUGGAGAAACUCAACCAGCCGUUCCCGUUCACUUACCGGAGCUUCGCCGGUUCCCCUCAAUUGGCGGACGGCUCGAGUGACUUCACCUGCGAACUGAAUACAAACCACGACCUCCGCCAUCUCCAGAAGGACGGCCCUCUGACGCAGCAGGCCUCUGGUAGCCGGUCCGACCUCACUGACCCGGACGAGGGCCGCUCCCGUCAGGACUCGGUCAUCCACGUCUACGCUGCUUGUCUCACCUUUGCCAUUGCGGUCACCAUUGCUUUGAUCCUACACAUUUACCUGGGUGUGCGCGUGGUGUUUGCGGAAGGUGUGGUGGGUUCUGAUCACGAGCGCUGCACUGCUCUCGGCCAGACGGUGCUUCGCGAUGGCGGAUCCAGUGUGGACGCGGCCAUCGCUGCCGCCCUGUGUUUGGGUGUUGUGCACCCCCACGUGUCAGGCGUCGGUGGAGGUGGGGUGAUGCUGGUUCAUGACAUCCAUGGGAAUAAAACCACGGUGAUUAAUUUCCAGGGAACGUCGCCUAAAGCACUUACAGAGGAGAUGCUGCAAAAUGUUUCUGAACUAAAGGCAGGUCUGCAAGUGGGCGUGCCAGGUCUACUCAGAGGGCUACACCGUGCUCACAGCUUGUAUGGGAGACUAUCAUGGGAGGAUGUGGUCACCAGAGCCGCGGCGGUUGCCAAUGAGGGUUUCAAUGUGUCUUUCAGUCUCGCUGAGGCCAUAUCGAAGGUAAAAGGUGAGCGGCUGUCGCAGCGCUUCAGGGACACGUUCCUGCCAGGUGGCCGAGCUCUGGUUCCUGGGUCGUUUCUGAGGAUGUCCGGCCUGGCCGGAGUCCUCGAGGCCGGUCUGUCAAACUUCUACGAUGGGAACUUCUCACGAGAGAUGGAGGACGAGGUGCGAAAAAACGGAGGAGUCCUGAGCAGAGACGACAUCAGUAACUACAGUGUACUAGUAGAGCAGCCGGUGGAGGGCCAGUACAACGAUUUUAUUAUCCAAGUUCCGCCUCCCCCCUGCGCUGGUGCAGCGUUGAUAUCAGUGCUCAACCUUUUGGAGGAGCUCCAGCUCAACGGGAACAAUAACACCCAAAAUCAAACGCACCACUGGAUUGCCGAGGCUCUGAAAGGAGCUUUGGCUAUAGCCGGUGGUUUGGGUGACCCUUCAUAUAACUCUUCUGUGACUGAGCUGCUCUCUGACAUGCUAAGUAUGAGUCAAGCUGACGUGCUUCGCCAGAGGAUCAAUUCCUCCCAUGCCUCUCCACACGAGUACCCCUCCAAUGUCCGACCAGAGCUGAUGGCUGGACAAGUAGUCGUCGUGGGAACGGAUGAACUCAUCGUGUCCAUUGCGAGUUCCUUGAGCGCGCUAUUCGGGAGCAGAAUCAUAACCGGGUCGGGCGUCAUUCUCAACAGCCUCAUCCUUGACUUCUCCUGGCCAAACAAAACCCCAGGGCAACGCUUAACCAAUCAGAACAACAGAGUCCAGCCAGGAAAGAGGCCCCAAACGUCUCUCAUGCCCACAAUAGUGGUGCCAGCACGGCAUAAGUGUGGCAUCUACGUGGCACUAAGCUGUUCAGGUGGUCAGCAGAGUUUGAGUGGGAGCACCCAGGUGUUGAUCAGUGUCAUGAACUUCCACAAAGAGAACCAUGAAAGCCUCUCCCUGAGAAGACUCCCCCCCGAGUGUCAGCCAAACGGACGUCUUGUUGAACCUGAGCUUCCAGAAGAGAGUCCACGGUUUGAAAAGGGCUGCGACGUAACCCGAGUGAAGACCAAGUCUGUAGUCCAGGGGAUCCUGAGGAACAGAGAUACCAUUACUGCCAUAACACCUCUAUUAUCUGACAGUUCUUUACAGUUCUCAUGAACUUUUAUUGUGAAAUAAAUCCUCCUGGUGCAUAUUAUGUGUAGUAGUAUCUGGAUAAGCUACUGUUGUACUGCCUGAAGUAAGUUUAUGGUUGUGUUUAAUACUCGUGUCAUUGUGAUCACCAGCCAGCAGAGGGCAGUCAUCCAACAUGUACUUUGAAAAUGUGUGUAUCCAUAAGAAACGUCUUAAAAACCCGAUUAAAAGAAUAAACCGUCAUGCUCGAGCCCUCAACUGAUGUGUAGUGAUGGACAACAGGCUACGCUUUAUGCAAGUAGAGGUCACAUGGUCACACGCAUGCUGAACAAUAAUGGCUGUUAUGUAAAGCUGAUGUGCCUCCAAGAUACUGUGUCAUGCAUACCAGUUGGGUUGCAGGGUAUAGGUCAUGUAUGUCACAUGUGUUCAGCAAAACAUGUCACUCAAAAUGGUGCAUUCAUGUAACUGUUGAUUUUAAACACUUUUCUUCUUGAUAUCUGCCCGUUUCUUUAUGACUAAAUAAA